UUAGCGCUAGCAUAACCGAGCCGCUGCGUCCAUCUUGUGUAGCUUAGCUUAGCGGGCUAACGUCACCGUGCGUACUGAAGUGAGCAGCAGCAGCGAUGGAUGACGGUGAGGAGCCGAGUCUGGUCCUCUCACACAACAUCAGCAACACCUCCUCAGGCUCCAAGUCGGGCGGGGACAAGAUGUUCUCCCUGAAGAAGUGGAACGCGGUGGCCAUGUGGAGCUGGGAUGUGGAAUGCGACACAUGUGCCAUCUGUCGGGUCCAGGUGAUGGACGCUUGUCUUCGGUGUCAGGCGGAAAACAAACAGGAGGACUGUGUCGUUGUGUGGGGAGAGUGCAACCACUCCUUCCAUAACUGCUGCAUGUCCCUGUGGGUGAAGCAGAACAAUCGCUGUCCCCUCUGCCAGCAGGACUGGGUGGUUCAGAGAAUCGGCAAAUAAGCUCCAUGUCCAGGCGCUCUGACUCUCGCCUGCACGCACCCGAACGUGGUGACAGACUUGACAUGGAUCACUGCAGCGUCCUGUGUAGAGCCACAGACAUCAUCAUCUGUCCCUCCUACUUGCAUGUUCCUGUCGUCCUGGUAUUGAAGGAGGGCGGUGGAUAAAGCAGCACAGACUCGUUAUUUAAUGUGGCUGGAGGGAUCAGGAGUCAUGAAGAGAUGGAUGAAACGUGCUGCAGUGUUUGAUCAGGUUAUAUUAUUGUCUGUGAUGAUGAUCGGCACAUCUUAUGUGACUAUCCUUUCAGAAAUAAAGAAUUGUGAAUAGCUGUAAA